GUUUGCGCACGUCAGUUGGUCGGCGCGCGGCGCGUCGUGAGUUUCAAUUUCAAUAAAAAUAAAUACAUACAUACACACAUACCACAUAAAUUAUUUACUGAAUGAAAAACAUAACGCACGAAAGCUGAAAAGCACAAGUUGUUUGAAAAAAAUCGAAUCUAAUACAAAUCGCGAAAAAUAAAAAGUGCAAGAAUUGUUGCAAGUAAAUAGUUUAAAAAGCAAUAAAUACAAGUUCUAAUUUGUAUAGUGUUUGUAGCGAAAUAAGAAAAUAAUUACACACACACACAUACACAUGUAUGUGGCCAACUAGAAGAGAGCGCAAGCCAACCGGGCCCCAUACCGUCCAAACAGAAUUGUGAAAAGUGCUUAACGGCGAGAAUACGCAGCGAACGGAGUGCAAAGCGAAAUUUUCGUCUAGCUGUGCAGAUUUUCAAAAAGAUAGAUACACAAGUGGAGUCGCGAACACGUAUGUGUACACGUAUGCAGGCGCACAGCACUGUUCUUUAGAGAAAAGCACACACACACACACACGUAUCUAUGCAGUUGUUGGUGUGCGCGUAGUUUGGUGCGCGUGUGUGUGUUGUGGUUUAACGGCUAACCGCUGAUAUAAAUACCCCAACUAGUCGUGGAAGCAAACAAGCAAACAACAAACGACUCUCUCUUCGUGGAAUUGUGGCAAUAGAAUCAACAAAGGUGCAUAAAGAAAAUAAAAUAAAUUUCGACAAUGGAGUUGAGCAAUUUCAAUGCAUCGAAAAAGAUAUCGCGCGAGGAGCGCCGAUAUUCUGUACCUCACGGCCCCCAUACACCACAGCCGCCAGCGGCCUCAGAGGACUUGCAUGCCUGGUCGAUAUAUAGACAAAAUCUCAACUCCGACUUCACCGACUCCGCUUUGGGCUCAUCGGACAAAUCACCGCUGCCAUAUGGAAAUUUCCAGCUACGCGACACCACUGUGCAAUCAAUUCUCAAUCAUCCGCGCUACGGACCGAAAUCCCCCUUGGGAUCGAAUAUGUAUACAUAUUUGAAAUUCGGACUGCCGCGCGUAUUUCCACCGAAUGCCGGUUCGCAGCGUUCGCACCGACCGCCGGGUCCAGGACCGGGUGGCGUGCGCGGUCGUGUUAAUCGUGGCUUCCGCGAUAGUUCAGGUGUGCCGCCAGCAGGUUCAUCUGGCUACGAUAGCAGUGACAACGAAACAACGCGCAGCCGAGUGCCGCCCAAUUUGAGAAAAUACCGCAGUGAGUCGGACUUCCGUGCCAUUGGCGGCAUACCAAGCUCACGUCCCGAAUCGCGCGCACAAGGCGUACCCAUGACGGCGCUGCGACAGGCGAACAGUCGCGCAAGCAUAGCUGUGGGCACACACAUCAAUACUCAUCACUAUAUGCCGAAUGGCAAGCAUUACGGUCAUCGUUCGCACAGUGAAGCCGAUUUGUUGGCCGGUGGCGCUGACGUCAUCGGUUAUGACUACGGCGAAUCACGUAUCUAUGGCACAUCGCGCAAUCGCAGUUCAGACCAUCCGAACGGUGGACAUGCCAGCUACAUUAUGUCCAGCCGGAAACAUUCGAGUAUCGGACUUGUCUAUCCCAAUAUACAGGUGCACUGUCUGGAUGUGAAUCCAUGUCUACGCGGAGUUUCGUUACAAGCUAAGGCAGGCGAUUUGUUCGCCAUAAUGGCAACGUCGCAACGUGAAGGCACAGCGUUGACGGAGUGCUUGGCGGGUUUACACGAGCGUAUGGGUGGUGAAAUUCUCAUCAAUGGCCAACAAAUCAAUAGACGCGGCUUACGUGAGCUCUGCAGUUAUGUGCCGGCGUUAAAAGUAUCCUCGCUGGAUCCGCGUAUGAGCGUGCAAUGUACUUUGAAUUUCCAUGCCGCAUUAAGAGGACCGCUGGAUCGAACGGACCUCAAGGAGAGGAUGGAUGUGCUAAUCGAGGAUCUGGGUUUGACUACCGUGCGCGCAUCGAACGUGUCUUCGCUCACACACUCCGAGAAGCAGCGUCUGAGCGUCGCUUGUCAAUUGCUUGCACAGUCAUCACUGCUCAUACUCGAUCAGAUUACCAGUAAUAUGGACAUCUUCGACACAUUCUUUCUGGUGGAAUAUUUGCGACAAUGGGCUAGUGGUGGCCGUAUUGUGAUCAUGACACUACAACCACCCACAUUCGAAAUACUCUCAAUGUGUUCCAGUGUGCUGCUGUUAUCAGGCGGGCGUACUGUCUUUUCCGGCAGUCGUUCCGAUUUGCCACGACAUAUGGGCGAGUUGGGCUAUCCUUGUCCGCCCUUUAAAAACCCAGCCGAUUAUUACUUGGAUUUAGUUACAUUGGAUGACCUGUCAGCUGCUGCCAUGCUGGAGUCAUCGGCACGCAUCGAAUCAUUGGCCAAUUCGUGGGAUCAAAUCAACUCCGAACCACCGCUAGCCGCGCCACCGGCAUCAUUGCCCAACUUCACAAGGAAAGCGGGUUUCUGGGGACAGACGAAAGCUUUAAUAAAACGCUUUGCCGCCUACAAACAACCGGGAUCGCUGCUCACCUGGAUUAGUAAGCUGAUUGCGGCGGCGGUGCUUUCACUUUGCAUCGGUUGCAUAUUCUGGGAUGUGCCCGCUUCAGAUGCACAACUCACUUACAACGAUCGCUUUGGUUAUCAUCACUGCGUUAUGGCGGUAGUCUACUGGCCAUUGCUACUCUUGACCAUACGCGACGCGCAAGAGGAUCGACGACAUGCCGAGCGCGACAUACGCUUGGGUCUCUACUCGCGUGGUCUCUACUUUACCAUACAGUGCUUAUUGGGACUGUUUCCGAGCCUUUGCAUCUGGCUGGCUUACUUGCUGCCGGCGCACAGCAUGGCUGGGUUAUACACAUAUUCGACCAGCAGCGAUGCCGGCAUCUAUCUCUAUAUGGGCUACAUGCUGCUCUAUCUCACCGUCAUACAAACACUCGGCCUCUUCUGCGCUCACCUUAUGCCCUGCAAGGUGUCCGCUAGCAUUUUCAAUGCACUUAUCACACUGGGCCUGACCGCUGUGGGCGGCUAUGCCGUGCAUCCGCGGGAUCUCUCGAAAUUGUGGUCCUGGUCACAGCUUAUAUCACCCGAAAAGUGGUUGCUACCUGUGCUGGUGCAGGAUGAAUACAGCGCAGACACGCUCACCAACUCGGCGGGCCUACAGCUCUGUCGCAACAAGCAGGUGCAACAUCAGGAGAUCAUUGUGCAGCAGCCGUGCCCACCACCGAACGGCACCCAUGUGCUAGCUGAUUUUCAGUUGCUGCCGCGCAAUCACAUACUGGAUCCGAGCGAGACGUAUGAGCAGACCACCACACUCGCUUUGGUGCUGGCCUCGGUCAUAUUGUUCGUGGUGACGUUUUUCGUUUUCGUGUGCAAUUGUCGCAAUACUUUUCGCAAGAAGCAGAAGCGAAUGUAAAACAAUUUUUAGAAAUUUUUUUUUUUUAAAUUUUUGAAAAAAAAAAUUUUGAAAAAAGUUAAAAAAAAAAUUUUGAAAAAAAAAAUUGAAAAAAAUUUGUUUUAUAAAACAAAUAGCUUAAAAUUGUAGAGCAUAAUGAACUUGAGCUAAGUGCUAAAAAAUAAAAAAAUAUUUACGCUGACUUCCAUAGUUUGUAGCAGAAUACGCACAUUUUAACAACGCAUUUACCGACGUAAUUACUAUAAAUAGAUAUACUAUAUGCUAAUUGAGUAACGAUUAUUUUUUAAAAAAUACUAAAUAAAUUUAGCCAACGCGUUCCAAUUGAAAAUGAUUAAGUGCGAUGCGAUGUUUAUACAGCAAGUAUGUAUGUAUGUAUGUAUGACUACAAUAUUAACAUACUUAAUUCUUCUUAGAGAUAAGCGCUUAAGUUUUAUGUAUAAAUAGCGUCAAAAGGAAAAUAUAUGAAUAUUUUAAAUUUAGAAUAAA